AUGGCUUCACUUGAUCUUGUGGUUCCGAUGGGCUCACUACCCCGAGACGACAGAAGCCAUGUGGCAGUCUACGUCGUUGCCUCCGUUGUCCCCGUUACGGCUCUGGUGGUCAGCGUGCGGUUCUACACACGAUGGGCUGUAGUGAAGUCGUUUGGUAUUGAUGACUGGGCGAUAUUGGCCGCCAUGAUCAGCUACUCGUGA